ACAGUUUAUACAUGAACAGUAUCAAACUUGUUGAGAAUUAAAGAUGUUUUCUUCUCCAUUAUUUCAUUUCCUCUUACUUUUUCCUACUACACUAAUCUAUGCAUACUCCGAUCUUGACACUCUAUUGAAGCUCAAAGCCUCUUUGGUCGGACCGGGAAGCUCCGAGCUCGGUGAUUGGGUCGCCGGCAACUCCCAGGCGCACUGUUUUUUCUCCGGCAUUGCAUGCGAUCAGGAUUCACGAGUCAUUUCUAUAGCCAUUUCCGAUGUUCCGCUCCUGGGCUCCCUCCCGCCGGAGAUUGGACUGCUGGAUAGGCUUUUAAACUUGACUCUCGCCUCCGUCAACCUCACUGGUGCGCUUCCAUCGGAGAUGGCGAAACUCACGUCCAUUAAAGCCAUUACUAUCUCAAACAAUCUGUUCAGUGGCCAUUUCCCUGGAGAAAUCUUGGUCGGUAUGACUGAGCUUCAAGUGUUGGAUGUUUACAAUAACAACUUUUCCGGAAGACUUCCUCAUGAAUUGGUGAAGUUGAAGAAGCUGAAAGUUGUGAAUCUGGGAGCAAAUUACUUCACAGGAGAGAUACCGGAAAUAUACUCUAACAUUUCCAGUUUACACACUUUAAACUUACAAGUAAAUAGCCUCACCGGAACUAUACCGGCAAGCUUGGCGCAGCUUCAAAAUCUUCGUGAGCUCCGCCUUGGCCACUUCAAUACAUUUGAAAGUGGCAUUCCACCAGAAUUAGGCUCCAUCACCACACUUCAAAUGCUUGGUCUUAGCGAAUGCAACCUUUCUGGUGAAAUUCCUCCAAGUCUAGGGAAUCUACAACAGCUACGCACUCUGUUCUUGUACGGGAACAGCCUGACAGGUCAUAUUCCGCCGGAGCUCUCCGGUUUGGGGAGUUUGAUGAGUUUGGACCUUUCAGGCAAUAAUAUGAUGGGAGAAAUUCCUCAAAGUUUGGCUCAGUUGAAGAGCCUGACAUGGAUAAACUUAUCCAGAAACAAGUUCCAAGGCACAAUUCCGGAGUUCAUCGGUGAUCUACCCAAACUAGAGGUUUUACAGCUUUGGAACAACAAUUUCACAUCCGAGUUACCAGUAAACCUCGGACGAAACAGCCGAUUGAGGUGGCUGGACGUUGCGUCAAACCAAAUCAGCGGCAGAGUACCGGAAAAUUUGUGUAUGGGAGGGAAGCUGAGAGCACUAAUUCUCAUGGAAAACAAUUUUUCUGGACCGUUUCCUCAAGACCUGGGCGAGUGCAAGUCCUUGAAUGUGGUUCGUGUUGAGAAGAACUAUCUCAAUGGAACCAUCCCGCCUGGGUUCUUCAAUUUGCCGUUGCUUAAUCGACUUCAUCUCCAAGACAAUUACUUCUCCGGCGAGCUUCCGACCAAGAUGCUUGCCAAGAAUCUCACAGAUCUUGAUCUUCACAACAACAGGAUAAGUGGCCAGAUUCCUCCGGCAUUCGGAAAUUUAGAGAACCUCUGGAAGUUAUCCCUCCACUCCAACAGAUUCUCCGGGAAAAUUCCAAGUGAAAUUUCACAUUUGAAAAAGCUGGUGACCAUGGAUUUAAGCAGCAACAGUUUAACAGCUGAAAUUCCAGCCUCAAUUGCUCAGUGUACACAGCUGAAUUCCCUUGACGUGAGUGCAAAUAAUUUAACCGGAAGAAUUCCAAAGGAAAUCUCUUUUUUGGGGAGCUUGAAUGCACUCAACUUGUCCAGAAAUCUACUCACCGGUUCAAUUCCCAGUGAACUAGGGCUAAUGAAUAGUUUGACUGUCCUGGAUCUUUCUUUCAAUGAUUUUUCAGGCCUCAUACCCACCAAUGGACAGUUACGAAUUUUUGAUAACCGGUCUUUCUACGGGAAUCCAAGGCUCUUCUAUUCACCUCCAAGUUCAUCGCCAGUCAAUCACAACAACCAUUUUUGGACCAGAAAACGAAUACUCAUAAUUACUGUCUUGAUUUUGGGUACUGCAGCAUUUUUAUCUGCUGUUGCAUGGUUAAGGUGCAUUAUUGUUGCUCGAAGAGAAAAGAUUAGGAAAUCCAAUAAUGCUUGGAAACUUAGAGCAUUCAAGAAACUGGAAUAUAAAGUAGACGAUGUUGUUGAGUGUUUGAAAGAGGAAAACAUAAUUGGGCAAGGGGGAGCAGGGACAGUAUACAAAGGCUCCAUGCCCGAUGGUGUCAUCAUAGCAAUAAAGAGGCUAGACAGGCAAGGAAUUGGGCGUCGCGAUCUUGGUUUCUCUGCUGAAAUUAAAACAUUGGGGAGAAUCAGGCACCGACACAUUGUUAGCUUACUUGGUUAUGUAUCAAACAUAGAUACUAAUUUGUUGUUGUAUGAGUACAUGCCUAAUGGGAGCUUGUCGGAGAUAUUGCACGGGACGAAUGGGGCCAAUUUGCUUUGGGAGAUGCGGUUUCGAAUUGCGGUGGAAGCGGCAAAGGGGCUAUGUUACUUGCACCAUGAUUGCUCCCCUCCCAUCAUUCAUAGAGACAUAAAGUCUAAUAAUAUUUUACUCACUACCGAUUAUAUGGCUUGCAUUGCCGAUUUUGGACUGGCCAAAUCCUUCAACAACGUUGGAGUUUCCGAGUACAUGACAUCUUGUGUUGGCACAUUUGGUUACAUUGCACCAGAAUAUGCAAGAACUUUGAAAGCUAGCUUUAAAAGUGAUGUGUACAGCUUUGGAGUGGUGUUAUUAGAGCUAAUCACGGGCUAUAAGGCGUUGAUUAAAUUAGAUGACGAAGUGAUCAAUCUCGUAGAAUGGGUAAAAAUGAGCAUCUCAAAGCUAGAUCAACAAUCAAAUGAAGAUUGCAUCUUAGCUUUGGUAGAUUCAAGACUGAACGACUACUCAAUUACAAGUGUGAUUACCAUGUUUAAAAUUGCAAUGUUGUGUGUGAGGGAUGAGAGUGAUAGCAGACCAACUAUGAGAGAAGUUGUUCACUUCUUCACACUGCAUUCUCAUAUAUCCCACUAA